AUGCGCAAACUCCUCGGCAAAGUCACUGCCGACAGCAGCACCGACACGAGCCACACCAUCGGCAUCACCAGCGCGCCUCAGUUCCAGACCUCCUACCGCCCCAGCGCCUCCCAGAACGCCGUCUACUCCGCCGGCGUGCCCAUCCUAUGCCUCGAUACCUCUCCCGACCAUCGGACUGCCAUUAUCGCCGGCCGACAUGUUCUCAAGACCGUCGUCUUGGACGGCCUGUCCAUUAGCGAGGGCGUCGAUGUCCGCGGCGCCAUCACGGCCCAGUCGGCCUCGAGCAAAGGUGCUUCGAGCUCCCUGAUGGCCGACCAGCUUUCGAUACGAGACGUAAAAUGGCAUGGCGAUUCCACGAUAUUCACAGCUUGCGCGAACGGCAAUAUCUUUUCCUACGAUCUGGCGCGAAUUGCGACGGGCGGCACUCCCCUGGAGUUUGUCCAGACGAGGGAGGAUUCACGUCAGGUGAACUCGCUGGACAUUAAUCCACAUCGCCGGACGACUUUACUAUCGGGGAGCCAGGAUGGAAUGGUGCGGUAUUUCGACAUUCGCGCCCCGGUCCAGAGUCGCUCGGGCGGCUUCACCUACAGUCCCAGAGGCGCCUACAAGUGCAAUGCAGACGGUGUUCGCCAGGUCAAGUGGUCGCCCAAGGACGGCUUCUAUUUCGCCUGUGGAACAGAGUCUGGUGUGGUUCUGAAGUGGGAUGUGCGCAAGAUCGCGCAGCCUCUGCUCAAGAUUCCUGCACACGACAAGGCCUGCACCUCGAUAUCCUGGCAUCCCGACGGCAACCAUCUGAUCAGCGGCGGCUGGGACAGCAAAUGCACCGUCUGGGACAUGUCCAAGAACGCAGACAAGAGACAAAAGCCGCGCUGGCUCAUUUAUACCCCUGCGCCUGUGUCUGCCGUGGCCUGGAGACCUGGUCUCUGGUCUGCGAGCGCCCAAGGAAAACGCGCCGCUCAAGUCGCUGUGUCAUAUGAUGACGGCAGCCACAAGCGAUACGGAAUCAGCAGCGUUCACAUCUGGGACCUAGCGAGACCCUCAAUGCCGUACAAGGAAAUCGAUCGCUUUGAUUACUCGCCAUCAUGCCUACUGUGGCAGAAUCAAGAUCUCCUGUGGACUGUCGGUAAUGAUGGAUUAUUCAACCAAUGCGACGUCGCAUUCGCCCCCAAGGUGCUGGACCGACAGUCCGUAUCCAGCAUGGCUUUGUCUGCGCGAGGCGAUGCGGUCAUGUUUCUCGACGAGCGACCACAUCAUCGCCCUCGACCACCAGUCAUCCACCAUCAACAGCAGAGCAUUGUGCCACCGAGAACUUCCUAUAGUUCGAGUCCUACCACUCCCAUGCUCAGCAUCAGUCGCAGCGACUCGGAAGAGGAUGUCGUCGGAAGCUUUCUGGGUCCUCGACGAAGGAUAGGCAGGAAGCGAAGACACAGCCUCAGGUCAAUUCCUGUCCUAAGUACCACGCCGCCCUCGGGUCCAAGCCUGGGCGACGACGCGAUCCUGGGCUUGGAAGCAGCGAUCAAAGUCACGGGCACCUACAAGACACAGCAGUCAAUGGCCGUCGGUCACAUUCCGGCAGCAGCCAGAGUUGACGUGUACCAGUUUCUCUCGAGUUACUACCUGGAGACCAUUGAGCAGGAGCUUCCUUACGUUACGGGGGGGAAGUCUUUGGCGAGUAGGGUCUCCUCCAUCAUGGAGCAUUAUGCCCGUGCAGCAGAGCAAGUCAACCAAUUCCGUCUUGCACAAACUUGGAGAAUCCUCGCAUACUCAGUCAACCUAUUAUUGAACAGAAGGGCGGAGUAUCAUCUCCAGCUUCGACUGGGCCAUUUCCAGAAGAGGCCAUCCCUGCCAAAGAUCAAAGAUAUCCCAAAGGUCAAGGUCCCAAGAUCGUUAGGCGUCGUCGUGGAGAUGAAUGGCGAGGACACGCCCAGACGGCCCUCCAGUGCUGUCAUCUCAAAUACCGUUGAUAGCAGGUCGCUGGGCCCACGAUCGUUGCUGUCUGAGGAAAUCGAGAGUACAUCCAACGUCACUACGCCCAUCGCCCGGGCCAUUAAUGAAGAGAACGCAGAACAGGGGGCGUCUCGAUCGGAUUCACGUCUACCGCCCGUCAUGGAGUCGGAUGGCUUUGCUUUGCCCCCUGCUGCUCACAGUACGUUCAACAACAGUCCUCGCAGGCGACUGGAUUCGGUCCCUUUGUCUGUCACAAGCCAUCACAGCGACCAGACACAGGUCUCUAGCACAGAUGGAUACGACUUUUAUGAUACUGACGCCCUCGCUCAAGCCAUAGAUGUGCCCGAGCCAAAACAAAAGGAGCAAAUGCCCUUGGACUACGGCCCCCGCACCCCAAAUAGCCGCCGAACCGCCCUGAGGCACAACUCAGACGACAGCUUUGCCCAGAUGUUCUCCAUGUCUGAGAGUAGCAGGCAGACAUCGGGGCUCGCGUCGUCCUCUGAGGGGGGCGUCUCAGCUAGAUCUAUCACGAGCUACCCUGUGCAAAUGCAGAAGCAGACUGUUGACGAGCAGGGCGAAUAUGAAAGUCGUAUCCGUGGCAAGGAGAUUGAGGACUCACCAGAACAUGGCGCGUUGACAGAGCUAAAUGCGCCUGUAGAGAGCACGCCGAAAGACUCGCCAGAGGAGAUAUUCAUGAUCUCCCAGACCACGCUGGCAUCCGACACCGCUACUGACGACCUAUCACAAUCCCAAGUCAACUCCCUCCCACCAACAUAUGAGGACCUCGCCCCUCUCCAUGUCGGUGUAUCUUCUUCAACCCCGCCAAAACCUAAUUCAACUCUCCAACACGACCCGACCCCGUCGAUCCUCGAAUCUGACUACCUCCCCUGGCCAGAGGACCCUUCGUAUCCGCACCCUCUCCCCUCCAAAGAAACCCCCGAAACCUCACCGCCCCUCAACCCCUACACACUCCUCACCCGCGCGCUCGACUUCGAAACCCGCACAUCAGCCCUGAACGCGUCGGCAAUGGUUCUCCUCCUCAAGCCUCUCAUGCCAGACUCCGUCAUCGACCCCUUCCGCGCAACCGCGAUCCUCCGCCAACACCACUCCCGCCUCAUGGGCAUGCAGCUCUUCAUCGAAGCAGCCCUCCUCCGCAAACUCUGCGUCCGGGGCUGGCCCGAAGGCAUACCGGACUGGGGCGCAAACUACACCUCCAUCUUCGGCACCGCCCAGCAGGGCGUCAAAGGCGGCUUCAUCUGCCCCUCGUGCCGCAAGCCCCGCGAACUCGACCCCAAGCUCGGCUCCAAGGCCCUCUGGAAAUGCGAGCGCUGCCGCGUCGCCAUGGCCCCCUGCGCCGUCUGCGGCCACCGCGAGACCACCGCCACCGUCCUCCCCAUCCCCGGCGGCGUCUCCCCCCAGAAGCAGCAGGAUCCCGUCAUGAGCACGUGGUGGUACUGCCCCGGCUGCGCCCACGGCGGCCAUGCCACAUGCCUCCAGUCCUGGCACGCGCCCUCGGACGACGGUAGCAUCCGCUACGAGCUCAGCGACGGCUGCUGCCCCCUCGACGGCUGCGGCCACGCCUGCCUCCCCGGAAAAUGGGGCGACGAAAAGUCCGCUGCGCGCGCGGACGAGGUUGGUCGCGCGGCCGUCGAGAAGGCGCGGCUAGGCGGCGUCGGAGGUGGGGGCGGAGGCAGCGUGGCCGGGAGUAAACCGCAGAGCCCCGUGAUCCAGCCCAACGUGCGCGGAGACAAGGACGAUGUGCCGCAGAGCCGGGCCGUCGAGAGUGUGCGCGAGGCGUUGGCGGGGGGCCCGCCUGGCGCCGGCAUUUUGAGCUCGAGCCCCGGGACGAGGCAGGGCGAGAGGGAGAGGCGGAAGAGCGUCAAAUUCGUCCCGACGGAGCGCUAG